AUGGCUUCCGUCCCGGCCUCAUCCGGUGGUGGGUCGGCAACUACCAUCACGGCAAUAUGCGCAGUGGCCAUCGUCCUUGCCAUCAUCUUCGUCGGGCUCCGGUUCUACAUCCGCGUAUUCACCCGCGCAGGAUUGGGAUACGACGAUUGGCUAAUUUUACUGGGCGUCGUUACGGCACUGAUUACUAUGGUGUUACUUCUAGUGGGUAAUACGAUCGAUCCGGAUGGGCAGCAGGUCACGGAAAAUACGGACCCGAAUUUUCAUUACACUCACGCCGACACGCUCUAUGUCACAUACGUAUUCUCCGCCACUGUCCUGUAUUUCACUACGGUCAGCACAACCAAGCUAGGGAUUUUGGCCAUGUACUACCGCAUUUUUGCCCGAAAUAACGCUUUCCGGUACCAGUUGUUUGUCUCCGGAGGACUGGUGGCAUGCUGGUGGGUAAUUUGCACCAUCCUGGCGAUAACGGAGUGCCUUCCGAUAGAGAAAAAUGUACAAGCCCCCCUCAAUAACCCGGAGUAUUGUCGCAACUUUAACGUCUUCUGGAUGGCGACUGGGGUAUGUGAGAUCUUCAUCGAUACCCUUAUCCUGACCUUGCCGGUGGGAGCAGUGUUGAGGAUGAGUCUGUCGUUAAGACAGAAGUUUGCCGUCUCGGGGAUUUUUAUGCUAGGCUCAUUUGUUAUAAUAACCGGAAUUGUCAAGGUUGUCUUGGGAUAUGACCCUCCUAAGCGUUCGCCAUCCUUCUCCCAGGCGGAAAUAUGGUCAGCUAUACAUACGUGUAUGGCUACUAUUUGCGCUUGUCUCCCUAUAUCCAGGCCCCUUAUCCGCCGUGUUGCCAAGUCAUCUUUUGUUACCAAGACCUCAACCAUUCUAUCUGUUCGACGACAGACCGAUAGCCACCUAUCCGAGCGUCGGUACAUGAUCGAAAACAGUAGAAACCAUGAUGGCAAUGAGCACGGAGGCAAUUUUGCCAUGGAACCUUUGCGUGGUUUGCCUUCCGGGGAAAUAGUUAUUCUCCAGGGUCCUUUGCAGCAGCCAAGUGCAGCGCAUCUGGGCUCGCUUUCCGACCAAUUUGAUGACUUGCUGGUACCUCAGGAAACCCCACAGGGUGGUCGACUGUCGCGUCUUCAGAGACGGUCUCCAGCAGAAAUGGCGGAAUCAUCCAUGACCGUACAGUUGGCAAGCUAUCUUGAAUACGGCACGGAUAGCAGCGAGACGGUUCAUUCGUAUAGCGGCCGAGCCUAA